ACCUGGUAGACCCCCUGAAUUGCUCCUCCAUCUCCGCUCUCUUUCGCCUCCUCUUCUCUUAGUUCUCACCGCCUCCCCCCACUACCACCACCUUCAGUCUGUCUCGCCUCCGACCAUCCGCUGCUCCACCCUCCGGCCCGGUAUCCUGACUGUCCACUGCCACCAAGGAGAGUCCGGACGGAGCAACGAGGAGGGGAGCAGCCGGGAGUUGGGGCUUCCCCCCUGCCCAUCCCUGGCAGCCGGCCCGGGACCGAAGCCACUUGAGCGAGCAGAGUCGUCACCUUGUCUUCGUAGCCUUCAGGGAGCUGCUGAGAAGGACAAAUAAGAUAACAGAAGUGAAAGAGCUUUUGUCUCCUUAGAAGGAAGGCUGAGAAACUAAAGAGUGACCAGUGGUUGGACUCUUGGCGGCGCUUACCCUGAACCUGAGUGUUAGGGGAGAGGGAAUCUGCCGUUGCGGUUUCUGGAGCUGCUCAUAAGCAAGAAUUCCCUAUCCUGAUCAAGGCUUUAAGCCUAAAAGAAAGCAGAAAUAGGUCAAGGGCAGCCCAGGUGCCCAAUUUCUCUCUCUCUUCACAAGGCACCACCAGCAAUAGAGAUGAGAAAUUCUGAAGAGCAGCCAAGUGGAGGAACCACAGUAUUGCAGCGUCUGCUACAAGAGCAGCUUCGCUAUGGCAACCCUAGUGAGAAUCGCAGCCUGCUUGCCAUACACCAGCAAGCCACAGGGAAUGGCCCUCCAUUUCCUAGUGGGAGUGGGAACCUAGGCCCUCAGAAUGAUGUGUUGACUCCCCAAGACCACCACCAGCAGCUUGUGGCUCAUGCUGCUCGGCAAGAACCCCAGGGCCAGGAAAUCCAGUCAGAAAACAUCAUCAUGGAGAAGCAGCUAUCCCCUCGAAUGCAGAAUAAUGAAGAACUCCCAACCUAUGAAGAAGCCAAGGUCCAGUCCCAGUACUUUCGGGGCCAGCAGCAUGCCAGUGUUGGAGCUGCCUUCUAUGUCACCGGAGUCACCAACCAGAAGAUGAGGACUGAGGGACGCCCAUCAGUUCAGCGGCUCAAUCCUGGGAAGAUGCACCAGGAUGAAGGACUCAGAGACCUUAAGCAAGGGCAUGUCCGCUCCCUGAGUGAACGACUAAUGCAGAUGUCACUGGCCACCAGUGGAGUUAAGGCCCAUCCACCUGUUACCAGCGCUCCCCUCUCCCCACCACAACCCAAUGACCACUACAAGAAUCCCACAAGUUCCAGUGAAUUCUACAAGGCCCAAGGGCCACCUCCCAACCAGCAUAGCCUGAAGGGCAUGGAACACCGAGGCCCCCCACCAGAGUAUCCCUUCAAGGGCAUGCCAUCCCAGUCUGUAGUGUGCAAGCCCCAAGAGCCAGGGCACUUCUAUAGUGAGCAUCGCCUGAACCAGCCAGGGAGAACAGAGGGGCAACUGAUGAGGUAUCAGCAUCCCCCUGAGUAUGGAGCAGCCAGGACAACACAGGACGUCUCAUUGCCAUUGUCGGCCAGGAACUCUCAGCCUCACAGCCCUACUUCUUCUCUGACGUCUGGGGGUUCCUUGCCCUUGCUGCAGUCUCCACCAUCCACGAAAUUGUCUCCUGUGCAACACCCCUUGGUCUCCAAUCAAGGAGACCACUCAGCUCACCUGCCUAGGCCGCAGCAGCAUUUCCUUCCUAAUCAGGCCCACCACGGGGAUCAUUACCGUCUCUCCCAGCCCAGCCUGAGUCAGCCACAGCAGCACCAUCACCAGCAGCAGCAGCAGCAGCAGCAGCCGCAGCCGCAGCCGCAGCCGCAGCAGCAGCCAGGAGAAGCCUAUUCAGCCAUGCCUCGGGCCCAACAAUCUGCUUCUUAUCAGCCAAUGCCAGCAGAUCCUUUUGCCAUUGUUUCCAGAGCCCAGCAGAUGGUCGAGAUCCUCUCAGAUGAGAACCGGAACUUGCGGCAAGAGUUGGAAGGAUGCUACGAGAAGGUGGCCAGACUGCAGAAGGUGGAGACAGAAAUCCAGCGUGUCUCGGAAGCUUAUGAGAGCCUUGUGAAGUCCUCUUCCAAAAGAGAGACCCUGGAGAAAGCCAUGAGAAACAAGCUGGAAGGCGAGAUUCGGAGGAUGCAUGAUUUCAACAGGGAUCUGAGAGAGCGUCUAGAGACUGCCAACAAGCAGCUUGCAGAGAAGGAGUAUGAGGGAUCAGAGGAUACCAGAAAAACCAUCUCUCAGCUCUUUGCAAAAAAUAAAGAAAGCCAGCGGGAGAAGGAGAAGCUGGAAGCGGAGCUGGCCACUGCCCGUUCUACCAACGAGGACCAAAGGAGACACAUCGAAAUCCGAGACCAGGCCCUGAGCAAUGCCCAGGCCAAGGUGGUGAAGCUGGAAGAAGAGCUGAAAAAGAAGCAGGUGUACGUAGAUAAGGUGGAGAAGAUGCAGCAGGCCCUUGUACAGCUCCAGGCAGCAUGUGAAAAACGUGAGCAGCUGGAUCACCGUCUCCGCACACGGCUGGAGAGGGAACUGGAAUCUCUCAGGAUCCAGCAGCGCCAGGGCAGCUCGCAGCCCACCAACGUGUCAGAAUACAAUGCAGCUGCACUGAUGGAGCUCCUUCGGGAGAAGGAGGAGAGGAUCCUAGCCCUGGAAGCUGAUAUGACAAAGUGGGAGCAGAAGUAUUUGGAGGAGAAUGUGAUGAGACAUUUUGCUCUGGAUGCUGCUGCAACCGUCGCUGCUCAGAGGGACACAACGGUCAUCAACCACUCUCCUAAUACCAGCUACGACACAGCUCUAGAAGCUCGCAUCCAGAAGGAGGAGGAAGAAAUCCUGAUGGUCAACAAGCGUUGCCUUGACAUGGAGGGCAGGAUUAAGAUCCUCCAUGCCCAGAUUAUUGAGAAGGAUGCCAUGAUCAAAGUACUCCAGCAGCGUUCCAGGAAAGAGCCGAGUAAGACAGAGCAGCUGUCAUCAAUGCGGCCGGCAAAAUCUCUGAUGUCCAUUUCCAAUGCUGGGUCAGGCUUGCUUUCCCACUCAUCCACCCUGACUGGUACCCCCAUCAUGGAAGAGAGGCGGGACGACAAGAGCUGGAAGGGGAGCCUAGGUAUUCUCCUGGGUGGAGACUACCGCGCCGAGUAUGUCCCUUCCACACCAUCACCUGUGCCACCCUCGACUCCUUUGCUCUCGGCUCACUCCAAGACAGGCAGCCGAGACUGCAGCACCCAAACUGAACGUGGGACGGAACCGAACAAAACUGCCGCUGUUGCUCCCAUCUCUGUUCCUGCUCCAGUUGCCGCUGCCGCCACUGCUGUUGCCAUCUCUGCCACUGCUGCCACCAACACUGCCACCGCUGCCACCAACACCACCACCAUGGUAGCUGCUGCUCCAGUUGCUGCUGCUCCAGCUGCUACUGCUGCUGUUGCUGCUGCCCAACCUCCAGCAACUGCUGCUGCUAUUGCUGCUGCUGUUUCUCCAGCUGCUGCUGCUCAGAUUCCAGCUGCUGCCUCUGCUGCUGCUGCUGUUGCUCCUGCUGCUGCUGCUGCUGUUCAGGUUGCUCCAGCUGCUCCGGCUCCGGUUCCAGCUCCCGUUCCGGUUCCGGCUCCAGCAGUGGCUCAGGCUUCUGCUCCGGCUCAGGCUCAGGCACCAACUCCGGCUGCGGCUGCGGCUCCUACUCCAGCUCCAGCUCCAACUCCAGCUUUGGCUCAGGCUGAGGCUCCUGCAAGUCCAGCUGCCGGCUCUGGACCACGUCGUUUGUCUAUACCAAGUGUGACCUGCAAUCCAGACAAGACAGAUGGCCCUGUUUUCCACUCCAAUACUCUGGAAAGAAAAACUCCCAUUCAGAUCCUGGGACAAGAGCCUGAUGCAGAGAUGGUGGAAUAUCUCAUCUAAACGGCCAAAUCAAAAGCUACAGUUUAUCAGCAAGAAUGCUUUUAAUCAUUUUCCCCUUUUGUUUGUUCUUAUUUUGAGGGCAAGGACAAGGGUUGGGGGGAGGGAAUGUUUUUUAAAGGGACUUUUUAUUGGGACAAUAUAGUACUUUAAGAAAUACCAUGUGAACUCCAGUCUGUUCUGGUGUGCUUAUACUUAGGGAGUACCUCUAAAGACAGAUUAAUCAGAAUGUGCUCUGAAGUUUAUUGUUUGGAUUUAUACAAAUACUAGGACUGUAUUUGUAACAGGUAGAUAUACAUCAAUGUUUUCAGUGUGCUUAAAUUUGUUUAAAAUUUCCAUAUUCCAGAUCAUUUUUUCUUGAAGAGCACAGUAUGUGUGGAAGACAGUGUGUAACACGUAGUUCGGAAGUGGGAAGCUGGACAGAAUUUGAGUGUGUCCUGUUUUGUAUAGUUACUAUCUAGACAGCAGCCAGAGAAAGCUCUCACCUCGGGCUCACGAAAGGGAAUAGUUUUAAGAACUAUGUAAGCUGGAGGAAAGGUAGGGAGUUAUUGGGGAAGGGUGCUGGAGCUCAUUUCACUUCUCAAUUUCCCAGCUACCCUGCCCCAGGGGUUGGCAUUUAUCUUCAUUUCAGUGGUGCUUUGGAAGUGGAUUCUUUUGGUUCCCUCUGGAGGUUCAUACAUUCGUAUAUAUGCUCUGGAGAAAUUUAUGCAUUUGAAUAAUUAAUAUAUUGCUUUCAGAUGCUAGGAGAGUAAAUUAACUGAGUGAUGCACAGCUUCCUCUCUCUUAGGGAGUUAGACCAUCAGAGACCUGGAUGGAGAGUUGCAUGAGGUGCUGUAGGCAGACUUUUGUAGUCCAUGGGUAGCCAUGAACACAGCUCGCUUGCCAUUUGUAAGACCAAUCAGCUUAGUGUUUAUUUCUUCUACAGCUGAUUCACUGGCUGGGUCACCAGUCUCAAUCAUUUACAAAAUGAGGAAGUGUUUUUGUUGACAGUUUGAACGCUUUGAAUUUCUGGUGACUACUUUGAAAUAACUCAUUUUGUUUUCCCAAAUUUUUGGCAUGUCCUGAAAGGCAUAUUUGACUAUCACCUCCGAGGGAAUAGCAUCAGAAGCUCAAAGUACUAUGCUGCAAUCGAGGGAGAGGUUGAUUGCAGCAGUGUCCUCAACUACCUCUUCUCACUGCCAGUGACUCUAUCUUGGAAUAUCUUUAGGAAUCAGUGGGAAAUGUGGGCAGGGACCAAAGGACACAAUGGCUCCAAGCCUUGCCAUAGGGCUGCCUCCAAAGACACAGAGUGAUACCAGUUGCCACAGUUCCCUGCCCUGUGUCACCUCUCUGCCCUUCAUUAAGGUGACAAAUCCACAGAUGGCGUCAAGAUCAGUUUUCAGGGGUAUAGGGAGGGUGAGGGGUGUGGGGGGUGUUAGGUAAGGGUGGGGGGUACAGUUUUGGGGGAUGUGUUAGUUAGAAACCAGAUUAAUAGAAGAGUAGGCCUGAUAUAUUACAUCAUAAGCCGUAAUGGCGGGAAGGAACUUUAGCAAUAUAGCCCUACUCCUCAUUGUAAUGAUGAGGAAUAUGAGACCUGGAGAGGUUUGGUGACUUUUUCAAAAUCUCACAGCACAGCUGUGUACUUUGCCAAUUAUCAUACUUAUUUGGGGAAACUCUUAUAUACCUAAAAAAAAAAAGUGCUUAUUUUGAGAAAAGACAUCUUUACAGUCCAGGGCAUAUGUAGUUUGUAAAAUGUCCCUGGCUCGAGUAAUUUGUACAGGGUGUGAAUUCCUAUCUUGCCUCUCCUGCAGUGCCUUGUGCAAGGUAUUCCCUUUCCUGAUCCCCAUUUCAGCAUCAAAUCACAUGAAACAUCCCCCUAAAGAAUCAACCCCACUUCUUUUCUCACUAUGAGAUUGGGUGUCUUGGAUCAUCUUAUGGGGUUCCUCUGUGAGUAUAGGAAUGGCACAUUUUUAACAGUAUUCUUGUGUAGUUUCUAAUUAUCUUCCAAAGGAAUUAUUUUGUGUGGGAGUGGAGGGGGUGAGAAAAGAGAGAGGGUGAUGUGAUUUUCAGGCAGUCUUUUCACAUUUUCAAUAAUGAAGUGAUCAUCCUAGCUACACAUUAGUCCUUGGUUAUAAAGUGAAUCCCAAAUAGAAAUUAAAAAUGCAGUUGUGUUAAUACAAAUUCAUACUAUCCUUUAGUCAUAGGAGAAAACAAAAUCAAAUAGAAGCAGCAAGUAGCUAACUUUAGGAGAGCUACCUUCUAUCCAAAUAAAUAAAAAUAAAAACAAACCUUUCAUCUACUCCUUUCAUGGUUAUAACACAUUGCCAAAAUUUUUGCUGGCUCUGGGAGCCAUGAUUUUAAUCACAUUCUGUAAGGUGACAGAUGUCAUACAUUCCACAUUGUGUGGCAGCCAUCUCUUUAGACUCGUGUUUUAAAGAAAGGAGGAAGUUCUUGGCUAAGUACCAUUUUGAACUUUCUGGAACAUCUCUGUCCUCUCAUACCAGAGGCAGUCUCUCUCAAUCAUAGUAGUAAUUCAUGCUCAGUCUUCAAUCACAGGUAAUUUGUUAAGUAGCAUUGUACAUCUAAGAGAGGGAAGAAGGCCAUGUAGUAGGUGUGUUAUGUUUAUGGAGAAGAUAGAUUCAGCCUUUUCAGAAAAUCUCUACUAUGUAUCCUUUUAAAAAUUCAGGUUUAUGGGAAAAAUCUCAAGUUAGCCACCUUUUCACAAUUAUGUGGGUGUAACAUUUGGGGGAUCUUUCUGGACUCCCACUAUCUAUGCAUUUUACUGGCACCUCAGGACAGGAGGGUUAUCCUGUCUUAACUUGUGCUGCCUGGUGGUCUCUGGGGGCUUUCUAAUUCAGUUGUACUCCAAUGUCCCAUGUACAGAAAAACUUCAUUAGAACAAACUUUAAUUGAUUUAAAAUUCCUAUUAACAAUUUUUAAAAAAUAAAAGUAGUUUGAACUUUCUUUUAAAAUCAUGUAUCUUGAUUGUUGUUUUAAUGAAAGAUUUACUUUCAAUGCUGUUUUUGAGCUUCAGGGUGACAGGACAGCAGUAACUAAAAUAUCUGCCAUCAUCUGCCAUAGGAAACAUACCAAGAGACCUGUCAUGUUUUCUUUUUGUUGUUACACUGUUGGGUGGUAUAGCAAUUGGCAAAUGAACAAACUGUACAAACUCCUUUUUAUGAAGAGCCUAAACACUCAGAAUAUGGCAGCCUAAAGUGUAUUACAUUUGUACUAACUUUGAUAAAUUAUAUUCUCAUGUGUGUUAGCUGUACAAUGUCUUGUUAUCUCAAUUGCUCAUUCCCAUACAGAAUAUGUUACUUAAAAUGGGUGCAUUCUUACUGAAAAUGUUUUCGAAGGAAGGCAUCAGCUGUGGGCUAUUGGCCACCAAUUUCAGCCCACCACCAUCCUUGGAAAUAUAUCAUCCAAGUGUCCUCCAUCAUCAGUAGGACGAGUGUUGGGAUUUUCUUUGUUUUUUUCUGGUAGCAAUGAUGGGUUACAUGGAGGCACCAAACCUCCUUCUGGUCUCCCUUGUCAUUAAUGGCAUGUGUUUAUAAAAUGGAGAGGUGGGGUUGGCAGAUGGUUAGAGAAGAAUCGCCUUUGGUUUAAAAUGUAUGUGGUCCCAUAAUGAUUGUGACCCCAGUCUGUAAUCAACUGAGCUAGUUCCAAUAAAGUUAAGCAGGUUUAAGUCCACUUUGUGCCUAUCUUUUCACUGACAAUAAAGUUAGCUAUUUUAAAAUGCA